AUGGAUGCUGCAGGCAUCCAUUCCCAAGACCCACUCCCAAGACCCCUCUGGCGAGAGUUCACCAGGGACACUUUCAACUUGGUUAGCCGCUACCAGGAUCGGGCGGACCACCUUUCCACCACCCCAGUAUCUCGCCCCAGCACUCCCCAGAUGAUCCAGCCACUCAGGCCUCAGUCAGCGCCGAUCGGCUUCACCCAGGACGCUCCACCUGCUUCCUUCCUUGGGAUGCUCGGGCCAAGCAGCACCUGGACCCCUCAGAACCCUCAGGGAGGAUUUCAGCAGCCCAAUUUACAGGCCCCCUUCCAGCAGCAGGCCCCCUUCCAGCAGCAGCGUGCCCCCUUCCAGCAGCAGCACCCCCACUUCCAGCAAAAACAGCAGGCCCCCUUUCAGCAGCAGCAGCAAGGAGGCAGCAACAGCGCCAACACAUUAAUCAUCACCCAGUUGAACUUGUCAGAUGAAGAAGAUGAACAGUGA